AUCAGGAGUAAAUGGGAUGAGUGGCAAAGGAAACUGAGGUCUGAACAAAGCUGAACAGAGCUAAAACAAAAGUGAAAGUAAAUCAGUUCUCAAUGCAACACAAAAGCUCAAUGCAACCACAGAUUAAAGAUGGAAAACUACCAGCAUGCUGUGUUUUCUGAAGCGAAGAAUCUCUCAGAUAAUACACUUAAACAAAUAAAGAAGUACUUUCAUAUCAAGAGAAAAUCUGGAGGGGGUGAGUGUGAAAUCCAAAAAGUCAGAGACAAUGUCUACAAGAUAUGUUUUAUUGAGAAAGAAGCCCAGGAAAGAAUACUAAGCCAAAAAGAUCACGCCAUCAUUCUACCUGGACAAGAGGAAAUUUCUGUUUCGUUAAGCCGUGAUAAUGUAUCUGAGAGCAACAAAAAACCGGAAGCAUCUGAUCAACAGACAUAUGCAAGUGCUAAAAAUAUGGAGAAGGUUUUUAAACUUGAGCAUUAUCUUCUACAUUACCUCAAAGAGUGCACAAAGGCAACUUCAGACUUGGAGCAUCAUCUCUCUUUGCUCGCCAGCACCUUCCAGAUCCACAUUGACUCUGAAGAGAUAGUGGUAGUAAGGGACCAGGCAGCUCAAGACAUCUGUCCCCUAAAGAAAUGGGAUUUUGCCGUGGAGCAAGUGUUUGAGGAUCUCCCGAACCGAUAUACCAUCCACUUUGAGGUUGAAACAGACCGAUUGGAAAUUUUAAAAGAAAACUCUUUCCUCUUCAAUGAGAACCUAAGAAUCUAUUUUGAAGACAAACUACGUGUAGCUGUUGUGGUUGGAGAGAGUGAACAAGUGGAAAAGAUUUCAAAAUAUGUAGAUGCCUUGCAGGCGAAACAGCAGGUUCAAAAAGACUGCACCAUAUCUGAGAAACAAUAUGCCCUUGUGAGAGAACAGUUUGAACAGACCAGAAAGUGUAGUUUCCCUGCCAUCAAAAUGAAACAAGAAAGACCAGGCAUUGACUUUGACCUCAUCAAAGACCUGACUUUGAAGGGUCCAGAGAAAGAGGUCAACGCAGGAGAAAAGGAGCUUUUAAACUUAGCAAGUGGAAUUAAAGAAAAGAGUAUAUCACUGCAUCAUGCACUAAUGACCUUCUUUUCAUCAAGUGAUGGAGUACAGCACUUCCAAAACCGAUUCAAGCAGAGCCUCCGCAGCCCAGUUAUGCUUGAAACCGCAGGUACAGAACUUCUUCUGUUGAGUUUAUCAGAUGGAGCGCUACAGGAGGCGGCUGCGGCCAUGCAGAGAGACCUGUGUUUUGAGACUGUAACUCUGGAGCUGACUAACAAGCAGUCAUCUGAAUUUAAUACACUGAAGGAGGCCUUGAGUGAAGCCGUCCAGCAAGCCAAUCAUGGAGGGGUUAAAGUGGAGCUUAGCUACCAGCAUAGAUCAAUAUCUGACCCCAGUAUCGACGCUCAACUAGUGGGCUUUACAACUGAAGUUUGUAGGCUGAAGAACAUCUUGUUACAAACGAAACCAUGAGAACACCCAUCACUGCCUCUCUCUUUCCAUGCCAGAGAUGGUAAAACACUUCUCUGAGAUUCUGUCGCUAGUCGGAGUUAAGAAAAGUACUGUGGAAAUAAAUCCAACAAGUUCACCUUCCCCAUGUGUUCACCUCACAGGACCUCGUUGUGAAGUUGAGAUUUUG